UGUGUUGUUUACGCGCGAGCCGACGAGCGUGCAUGUGUGAGAGUGAAUAAAAUCUCUGCUGGCCACAGCGCCAGCUGAUUUGUGUUUAUAGUGUGCGGCCGUCCGCCCUUGUGUGCGGCUAUUUUUUUGCACCCCGAACGAGAGCAGUCUCUUCGGAGAGGGUGGCUGUCGUGGGGCGGCGAGGAGCUGCUGUGCCGCCGCCGCCGCUGCUGCUGGCUGCGGCCCCUCGAGAGACGACGCGAAGAGAAAUUGGCGGACCUGAGGCUGCCGCUGGAUGAGUGAUGGACAAACUGGCCGAAGUGCAGCGAGCUGCCUUCCUCGGAGCGCACUUCCCUUCCAUGAGUCAGUACCGGCCGCCUUGCUAUAAGCCAGAGACGGAGGACCACAUCCUCAAGGUGCCUGAGUACAAAGACCCAACCUUCAUCAUACCAGAUGAUAACGGCUUAGGAUACGAAGAUGGAAUCAGGGUCUUGAGAGCGCUUGGAUCAUGGCCGGCAGACAUGACUCCAAAUUCGGCGCCGUCGAUGGCAGGGCCGCCGCCAGUGGCGCCUCGGAUGGAGCACCUGCCUCCGCACCAGGCGGCAGCCUCGAGUCUGUCGUCGAAAAAGCAGGCGUUCGGCAGCUACCCGAAGAAGUGCAAGGACGAGUUGGGCGGUCGCCAGCAGCAGGGACAGCAGCAGCAGCAGCAGCAGGCGAACGAGAACAGCAGUGGCAAGAACUUUGUCUGUCCGGUGUGCGGCAAGGCGUUGGCGCGCAAGGACGGUCUGGUGAUCCACAUGCGGAUCCACAGCGGCGAGAAGCCGUACGUGUGCGGCGUGUGCAGUAAGGCGUUCGCGCGCAGGGACAGGCUGGUCAUCCACAUGAACAAGCAGAGGCACCACCCGCCGGGCGAGGGCGGCGGCGGCGCCGCCCCCAAGAAGGCGGACGCCAAGCCCAAAAAGCACAAGGACGCCGGCGGGCAGGCGGCCGCGGGCCAGGUGGCCUCCUCUUGGCCGUGCGACCUCUGCGGCCAGGUGUUUGCCGGACGUGACGACUGGAGUGCCCACUGCAAGGGCCACCUCCGACCCGAGGUCAACCACCACCACCACCCCCACCACCACCCGCACCAGCCGACGUACCACCCGUCGCCCCAGGAGCCCUUCUCCUACUACCCGCCCUUUCCCUCAAAGUCGUUUUUCAAUCACGUUCGACCGCACCUGCCGCUUGAGGUUCCCAGACCUUGAAUCGUCCGACUGCUAGAGACUCAAAAAAAAUUAUCAUCCAUGUCCCGUCUCUGUCACUCCCCCCUGUUCGUAGGCGUUGCUUUUUGUUCUCCAACUCUCAGGGCACGCGGCGGUUCAAGACUGAUUUUUCUUUGGGUGCAUGGGCUUUCAUGUUUUUUUAUGGUUUACCGAUUAAUUCCAAAAGAAAGAUUUUAAAAUUCCUUGCUGACUAAUAUGAAGCGAAUCCAACACUACGCAGAAAAACAGUAUUGCGGGCCAAAAUUUAAUGAUUUAAAAAUAAUCGUGAUCCGAUUUUGUCUGUAAACUGUUGGAGACGUCUGAAUAAUUCAAAAAUUAUUAAUUAACAAUUUUUAAUUUGGAAUGUAACCUAUUAAAUCAGUCUUUUUUUGAAAAGGAAUUCCCCAAGGUGCGCAAAACAUAAUUAAUGAUACAUUUAAUUUCUGAACAUAUUAUUUUGCGCACUACGGAAUUUACUUUUCUACUGAAUAUUUAGUUUUUAAAUCAUUUAUUUCCUUUUUUAAAAUAAUGUCCUUGUGAAUGUUUUUUUACUUUUUAUUUGAUCUCGUGUAGAAAAUACUUGCCUGAAUUUUUCCAAAGGGAAGUAUUUUGACUGAUUUUGGCUAUUGGUUCAAAGAAAAAGACGGACCACUAGUGCCCUGGCUUCAAAGACUAGACAAUUUUAGCAUUAAAUGCUUCCAUUACCGCAGGUCAAUAAAUCUGUUGUAACGCAGAACAAUAACAUAUUAUCAUGUUGUAGAUUCACAUGAGAAUUUAUUUUUUUGGGGCGAUAUAUUUUUUCUUCUCCAAUCUCUCUGUAUAUUUUGAGUCUUCCUCAACAAGUUUGAUUCAAUCAGACCAGCCUGUCAUGUCGCACGAACGCUUUUUUGCCACAGUCGCACUCGAGAGACGCAUACAAUCAUAUUUCUAUCGGCCCUUAAAGGGUCCAGACAGAAAAACCAAUGUGUUGUAAUAUUUGAUAUGAGAUAUAGAGGAUAAAUAAAUCGACAAAAAGCGCCGCCACUCUGCUUCAAGUCGAAAUUCGGGCCGCUUGUAUCAAAAAUAUAAAUAUGAGCGCGCCUGAUUUUAUUCACGAGCUUGGAGCGGAGGCGGCCAAAAUCGUUGUACCUUGUACGUUUGAAAAAUGUAAAAACCGCCGCUCUGCCGCGGAGGUAUUAAUGUAAAAUGAUAGCGAAUAUGCGAACAAGUAUCAAUACAAAUAUCAGGUGUUUGUGCUGUAUAACGGGAUAUUAAAGUAUGUAACCAAAUGUGAAUUAGGCUGUUGUUACACACACAAGGUGAAAUAAUAAUAAAAACGUGCAUUGUCUUCAACAAAU